UUCCUCGUUCUAUUCUUUGUCACACACGAAAACAACAAUAGCUCUCUACAAUGGCGGAAAGGUUCUCUAGCGGCGAGGCCCAAUAUUGGCCCAUCUACGGUAGCUCCACCACCACCCCCACUGUUAGCAACAGCCCCAUCGCGUCGGUUUUCCAUCAGCUCCGAUCUCAUUCUCCAACCUCCUCGCAGCUCUUUGGUUUCCUCGCUCUCUUUAUCUCCAGUGGAAUCCUCCUCUUCCUCCUCGGUGUAAGCGUCACCGCCGCCGUGCUCGGCUUCAUUGUGUUUCUUCCAUUGAUCAUCAUCUCGAGUCCGAUAUGGAUUCCUGUUUUUGUCCUCGUGGGCGGGUUCUUAACGGUCUCUGGAUUUCUGGUCGGAACGGUGACAGUCCUGUCGUGGACGUACCGCUAUUUCCGGGGAAUGCACCCGGUUGGAUCGAAUCAGAUGGAUUAUGCACGUAGUCGGAUCUAUGACACGGCCUCUCACGUCAAAGAUUACGCUAGAGAAUACGGUGGUUACUUCCAUGGCAGGGCUAAAGAUGCGGCCCCUGGUGCUUGACCUGAACCGGUUGGUAUAGUCUGGUUCAGGGUAGUAUUAACCGAUCGCGGUACGAUUUAUGGAGCAGGAACACGGUUCAUGGUAUUAUACUAUAUUUUCUUAUUUUGUUCCGUUAUAAGAUGAAGAAGAAUGUCUAGUUAUGUAUAAGAACAUCGAGUUAUCUUGACUUGUAAUAUUUUAUUUUGUUUCCGAGUUUUUUAUCUAUAUAUUUUUGGGGAGAUACUUACAUAAUCAAAUGUCUUCCGGUUAUGUUUGAAUAAUUAAUUUCGAAGAA